AUGUCCAUGAUGAAACCAGGGUCGAUGAAUGGUGAUGAGAUGAAGUCAGUGGAGGGGAUGAGCAUGCACAUGAGCUUCUACUGGGGCAAAGAAGUGACCAUCUUUUUCUCUGGCUGGCCAGACACCCAUCUGGGCAUGUACAUUUUGGCUCUCUUUGUUGUUUUCGUCCUCAGCUUCGGUGUAGAGAUAUUGUCUCUAUUGCCUCUGCUCAAAACUGGCACCAGUCCAAUACUUGCUGCUUUUGUUCAGGCUAUUGUUUAUGCUAUUCGUAUGGCCUUUGCCUAUCUUGUUAUGCUUUCUGUCAUGUCUUACAAUCUGGGCAUUUUCAUUGUCGCCGUCGCUGGCCAUGCCAUUGCCUAUUUUCUGAUCAGAUACAGGGACCUCGCAGCCAAGGCCAACCAGAUCUCUAAACUUUGA